CCUUUGACAGAUCCAAGACUCUAAAGAAGACAAUGCCAGCAAAGUUGCCUUUCAACUUUAAGAAAUGGACUGUGAACAAAAUUGUGCAGUACCUUGAACAAGAAGAACUUGGACAAUGGGCAGAUAAAUUCAAAGGGAACCUAAUGAUCGUGAGAGAAUCCUGUUCUGUAUCAGGAAGCUCUGGGAAGUCCAAGGUGUUCAAUGAUCCCAUCCACGGGCAUAUGGAGUUACACCCACUUCUUGUCAAAAUCAUUGACACGCCUCAGUUCCAGAGACUACGGAAUAUCAAGCAGCUUGGAGGGGCAUCAUCAAAUACAGUCGCAAGCGGCGUUAGUUGCAUCCCCACUGAUGGAGACACCGGAGCUCAGCCGUGAGGAAAAUUUCCCCAAAAAUUAAUCUGAAGUUUUGGAAGAUCAAAACUGAUAAAUAGAAAGCAAAAAUUCCCUAACAAAUGUAUGCUUCUUUGCGUAUUCUCUGUGUUUUCUUUAUAAUUGGAAUCUGCCAACAUAUGUAAUGGAGUUUUUCAUUUAAAGUGAACAUUUAAUUUGUGGUUCAGGGAUUUCAAAUAUUUAGUGGUGUUUGGUUUUAAUGUUAAUCAUGUGAAUUAAUGUGGAAAUCAGAUUAGAUACAUUUUGAUUCUGAGUGAUGUUUGAUUGAGAUUUUUUUCUGGUGGUGGUUGUGGAUCCAGUUUGGUUAUUUUACUGAAUAUUUCUUCCACUACAGGAUUUACUGUUACUUAUUCACAGUUUAUUCACUUUUAUUAAUGGCAUCUUUUAUUUUGUUAAUUAUUCUACCUUUUGAUACUCUUGAGAAGCACUAUGUUUUUCAUCUAUCAAUAUGAAAAAAGCAUUUAAUACUCAUACGAUAAAGGCUCAAAUCUUUUUUUUUUAUGUAAUCAUUUGUAUGAAUGUGGUUAAGGCAAACUUUGGGUUUCAUUGUGUUUUGCUCAUUGUGUGAAAAUGUUUUAUAUUGUUAUUAUGUAAUGUAGCUAUAAAGGGAAACCUACCAGAGGUUAUUAGAAGUUUUGAACUUCAUUCCUAUUGAGACAGGUUGAUAAUAGAAUAUUUGAAAUAAAACUCUUUUACUCUUCAUUAUGUGACUUUGCGCAGUUAAACUUGUCUAACACUUGAGGGAAUCAUUCACUUGCAUGUUCCAGCUGUCACCCAGGAAUAGAAAGGCUGCUCAACUAUAAAAACAGUUGAAUUUGAACUUUAUUGAUGCAAUGUGUAAAAUGUACAAAUUGUUUGUACAGUAGCAGGUGAUAUGUAACCCCCAAAGCACAAAAGAUUAUUUCUCUUGUGUGCACAAGAUAAUAUAUUGUGUUAUUUAAGUUAUGGUCAUACAUGAAAUAAGUAACAACCGAUGCACAUAAAGAAAAUGUAUAAUAUAACCUAAGAAUAAGUAAUGUAUGUCAUUGAUGUCAAAUUUUACAUUUACUGCCUUAAUUCUCAACAUGCCUCAUGACAAGAGUCUGAACUGAAGCAUCUGUCAUUUAUUCAUUUUCUUAUUAUUAUUGUCCUGUGGCUUCCAUACUCUUCUACAAUUGUAAAACAAAUAUUUUUUGGUUGGUGUUGGUGACACAAAACAAGACAUUUAAAGAAGUCGCCUUAAGGUUAAGGAUCUUCGAUGGAGAUUUUCCACAAUUUUCUAAUAUUUUCUUGACCAAACAACUAAUCAAUUAAUCGAGAAAAUAAUCACAGAUUAAUGAUAAAGACUUUAAUUGUUAGUUGCAGCCAUAUAUCUCAUCACAUUCCCAUCAGUCUCCACAGAGUGUCUCCUUACAGCAAAAAGGUCCCAGAUUCCAUCCAUCCUGGCCUCUAAUGGGGAACCCUGUCAAGCUUCAGCAUCUAAUCAUUAAUAGAUCUAUGUUCCAACCAUCACUCCUGAUCAUGAGCUUUGAGGUAGUGACUGAGAAAAUGGGUAGCAGAACCGCUGCUCCCUCGUGACAUAUUGCUACUUUUAAAGGAGCAUUUUUACUGCAUUUUUGUUGUCUUAGUACUUGUACUUUGUGCAAUGACAAUAAAGUUGAUUCUAAUCUAA